AUGUUGUCGUCCACCAACAGUUCAUACUCCUCCAGCAACUGCUCCUCCGACCCUCACCUGCCCUACCAAGACCAGCAGCCGCUCUCCACACUAUCGCUGGGCUCACAACAUCCUCGAAGAUCCCCAAUGCCUCCCAAAUACCCUCGGUUUUACGCCUCUCCCGUGGACGACGGUUCCGAGAACCCGGUGCAGGUCUAUGGACUCGAGCAGCGCGAACCUUCGAUUUACGAAAAGCCGAAACUGCUGCGCCGAGUCUCACACGCACUAGACGACAUCAAGGAGGAUUUUGCCUUCCAGCUGGAUGCCCGCGAGGCUGCCAACAAAAUCAAGCGCCGCUCGACGUUCUUCCUGGAUCCCAACUUCAGUGUCGCCGAGGCUCGCCCGGAGACUUCCGCCGGUCCCCCGCGGUCGCGGCCUAUGUCCAUCAUGUCUGUCGAGACCUGGUCUGCACCUCAGCGCCGGCUGAGCCGGCGCCUGUCUCGACGCCUGUCGAUUUUCUCAGGGCGUAAGGCCUCUGACAGCCCUCCGCUUUCCAGCAUCUCCUCCCCCAAUUUGAUCGGGUCCUCGACCCCGUAUGUUGGGGAUCGGGCGCAGGCUUUUCUCUGA